AUUUCCCGUGGAAUCUGGCCAGUCGGAAAGAAGCUCGUAGAGAGGAAAGUGUUCAGGGUGUGAUUGUUCAAGAGCCUUUUCAAAGCUAGAAUGCUUCACCAAAAGAUCUACGAUGAGGCUCCAUUGUCUUCCAUAUCGCAUCUCCCAUCUUAUUGCAUUAGUUCGACGACCUCCAUGAACUCAAGUUUGAGUCCAUAUCAAUUUCAAGGCCAAAGUGUUCCACAUCAUGUCAACACAUCGGACAUGAUGUCUCCCGGACCGUUGGGAGUUGGGUCCAUCGGGGGGUCGUCUGUGCCUAAUCUAACCUCUAGUGCAACCACCCCCACCUCUCUUUCAAGUCCAUACGGAAUGGCCCCCUCCAAUCCACAUUUACAUCCUCCAUUGUCGCCCCCAGGAAUGGGAUCUCAAGGAAACGGAGCUUUGAGUUCUCAUCAUCAUCACCCAUCUUCAAGGGAAUACUUCAAUGGUGUGGAAAGUGGAGCCUCGGCCAUCGGUCGAGCUCGCCACGAUCAGAAGAACUACCGGCGGAACUACACACAUGCCAAGCCUCCAUAUUCCUACAUUAGCCUAAUCACAAUGGCCAUUCAGAAUUCCAACUCAAAGAUGCUAACUUUGAGUGAGAUCUAUCAAUUUAUCAUGGACUUGUUCCCGUUCUAUCGACAGAAUCAACAACGGUGGCAAAAUAGCAUCCGACAUUCUCUUAGUUUCAACGACUGUUUUGUGAAAGUUCCUCGAACGCCAGACAAGCCUGGCAAAGGCUCGUUUUGGACGCUCCAUCCAAAUAGUGGGAACAUGUUCGAAAACGGGUGCUAUUUAAGGCGACAAAAGCGAUUCAAGGUGGUCAAGAAGGAGGACGGCACCAUGUCUCAAUCUCGGGGAAUGUCCAAUUCCUCGUCCAAGCAAUGCAACAACAACCUUAAUAGCCGAGGUAGUGGACUGGACAAUGGAUCCAGGAAGCAAGCUUCGUCCCUCAUUUACUCCGACAUGGAUGCCAUGGGCACCAAGAAGGAGAUGUCGGGUGAUCCUCUACAUGGCUCAGAUCAUCUGGGCAGUCAGGCCCCUAAUGUUUUGGACUCUCACCAUUACGUUCAAGCCGAUCCCCACCAAAAGAACCUCGGAGGCUACAAAACGGAAGAUGACCACCAUCAUUUGGUUCUGCCUGCCGCCUCCCCAUUAGGUCAACACCACCAUAUAGCCAAACAUUUCCACCCGGACCACGAGGAUCAUCUCGCCAACCGCUACGGUCUUCCUAGUUUAGUCACCUCCGAGCACUUGAAACCGUCCUCGGCUGACAUCCAGCAUUUCAACAACACCAACCCGUUUUCCAUCAAUCGCAUUCUACCCUCAACACUCGUGGGUUCGGAGCAAAAGCACGACAGCUCACCCUACGACUACUGUCCCAUCAACUCGUUCCCCGGCCCCCACCAUGACACCAAUCUCUACUACCCGCCAACCUUGUAUCCCCCUCAAGUGAGUAACAACGUGAACUCGACCCUCUGAGUGAGUUAGUUAGUGACUGACAAGGGGUUUGAAAUCCUGGUCAUCAUUCUCUACGCUAAAGGGAGGGUUGAGGGGCCCAUUCUCGCUAACGACUGAAGAGGAGGUCCACAGUGCAGUUUGCUUCUGCGAAUGAGGUCCACAGGCUGGCUGGCUCGCUCUAUGUGUGUAUGAUAUACGUAGAACGUAAGUGGCUCUGCGCAGCACUGAGAACUGAGAAGUGCAUCCAUCCAUCAUCCAUUUUCCUUCGAUCGAGUGUAUUUGAGUAUGUUGUUGUUCAAAUGAGGGAAAAUAGGAAUCACGGGUCCAAUAAUAUCGGUCUGGCCUGAUGAAUCGGAAAUGUAAACAUACGCACACACACACACACACACACACACGAAACCAUUCCAUUAUUGAAAUGUCAUAAUAGUGAUUAAUUCGUCAUUAAACAACUUUUAAAUGUCAUGAAAACCAUACUCGAGUGGA